ACCACGUUGACCCGUGGAUGACCUCAGUAAAAACAGACAGAAACCCCCACUGAUAAACAAAAUAUACUCUAUGUUAACCUUACUUUAAAACAUUUUAAUAUUUUUUAUAUUUCCAUUUUAUGUGUUUGACGUGGGGACGGAUUAAUAGAGAGCUUUGGGACUCCCACACGAAGUGGUUAGAGACAUGUGGUGCUACCAAAAACCGGGGUUUGAAGCGCUCCUCCUUGCUGAGCUGCAGAGACAGCAACAGUGCAGCCAGUUCUGUGACAUUGUGCUGAAGACAGAAGGUGUAUCAGUGCCAGCACACAGUUGUAUUCUCUCAGCUAUCAGCCCCCGCAUUUCCUCUGCGCUGUCCUCCACGAUACUGCCCCCCGCAGGACAGAGCCAUCUCUUGGAGUUUCGGGCUCUGGGCGCCUGCACCCUGCUCCACCUGGUCAGGCUGCUGUACUCCGGAGAGAUGACAGGGGAGGGGGAGAAGGAGAAGCAGGAGGCAUUUUCUGCUGCUGCCAAGCUGGGCAUCCACGGGCUGGUGGAGGUCACAAAAAGAGGGGAAGGAGAAGGCCAGUGUGCAGAGGUAGGAGUGCAGACGGAGCCACUGAGGCCUGAGGAGAAUGAGGGGAGAAGGGACAGGUGGAGGAGAGAAGUGAGGGAUGGGAGCACCUUUCUGUGGAAAGAGACGCUGUCAGGUGGUGAAAAAGACACAUGGACUCAGACAGAGGAGCUGCAGGUAAACACAGCUUCCCCUUCUCACCCAGCAGCCUCCUUUGAGACCAUUGAUAUCGCUGCUCUCCAGAGCUUAGGACAGACCGACCCCCAUCUACUUCCCAUAUCCCUCAUCUACCCACCAGAUGAAAACCAAACACCCCAAUUGUCCACUGCUCCCGUGUGGCAAGAAUCCACAGCAGCUGGACACACAUCUGUUGCUGUUCUUCCUUCUUCCAGCCAAGCGACGCUGAGUGGUGCUGGCCCUCAAGGAGCAGCCAGAGACAUUGUUGAAGAAUGGGAGGAUGAGCGGUUCGAGCAGUUUCAAGGCAACAUCCCAGGAUACAUCAGCUACUUCCUGAACUCAGACAAGGAGGAGGGCUCCCUCAGAGGGCGAGCAAGGAGGAGGCGGGGAGCAGGAGUGGGAGGUGCCAGGAGAGUCGGGACGGGUGAGAGAAGGGCCAGCAGACCACAAGGGAAAGGAGGAGGGAGGAGGAGAGGAGGGUUAAUGCAGACGGUGGAUGUGCAGGAGGUGGGGGUGAGCAAGCUGCAGAAGCUGUUCCUGCAGAGGUCGGGGAUGAGGGUGCCCAGGGCCGGUCAGGGCGGAGGAGCUGUAGGCAGGAAGUUGUACCUGAAGACCAGAGAGCUUCUGGAGCCAGCCAAGAAGCGUAUCAGGAAUAGAAGGCGCGGCAAAGUGUGGGAGUUCAGCCAGAAUGGAGACAUGCUGCCAUACAGGGAGGGAGGAGAAGGUAGCACGCAGCGUGGGCGGAGGAAGACAACGCAGAAGUUUAACCAGGAUGGUCCACCUGUUGGCAGGGCUCAGAGGGCGAGGGCCAAACCAACAUCAUCAGUUUACUUUUCUCCCCUUCCCAUGCAAUUCCACAACCUUCAUAGCUUAUCAGCCUCCAGCCCCUGCCUCCAGCCUUCUCCAUCACCCGGCCUGCUGUCACCUGCAGCCUCCUACGUACCUCCAGCGUCGUCCCUGCUCCACACCACCUCCAUCCCUCCCCCAGCCCCCCCACCUCACGAGGAACAGCCCAUACACUUUGAUCGUCUACUGGAGGAAGUGAUGAUGGGCCUCGACAUUUUACCAAAGAGCAACAACAACGGUGCUCCACAUUCUCAGCCUCCUGUUCCAGCCAGUAGCAGCAGUUUAACAUACGCUUCCUCUGGCAUUACAGGCAAUACAGUUCAUGGCCAACAGGUUGUUUCUGUAUCAAGAGGAGCUGACGGCUACAGCUCUGCAAACACCGAGGUGCCUGUUCUGCAGCAGCAGGGAGAAGGAGAGCUGAAUGAGAUGCUGGAGCACUUCCUUCAGUCCUUUGAGCAUCACGUUGACAGCUGCUCCAGAGAAGAAGUGGAAAUAGGUGGUCAGAGCAGCACAGAGGCUAGCCGGCCUUACACUGCCCUGAGAAAAUACAGAAAAACCAAGACCCAGACCGCAAGCUCUCAAAUACCUGAACUGCAACAGAAACCUUCGCAGCUGAGCCAGGCUUCUGCUCACAGUACCGUUCCCCUCAAACAUACUGAGGCAACACAGGGGGAAGCCGAAGCGCCAGCCAAACGACGAAGACGAAGAAAACCAAAAAAUGAGUAUCGGUUCACAAUGGAGAGAAAGAGGGUGAGGAAGCCACUGUCAUCGCGUGACGCAAAGACCAAAGUCGUUUAUUACCCAGGAGACAAGCAGCUGCAGAAGAUGCCUGUGGUGAAACUGCUGCCAGUCAAAGUUACACUGCAGGGACACAGCUGUCAGGAAGCUAAGAGUCCUACAGAAACAAAGAUCAGUUCAUCAUCAGUCAAACACCCACAUGACAGCCUGUCUGACAAGACUGAGACCGUCUCAUCAAGGAGCCUAAAGACUUACCCAAUCAGGAGUAGGAUUAGAGAAGCACCGAUUAUCAUGGACAGUAUGCUCUGUCGUGCUGAGCCACUUCCAGGUCCCAGGCAAGGCAGGCCCAAGAAAAAAGGAAAACUUCUCAGUUUAUCUAAUGGUGAGAGUUCAACACCACAAAUUCAGCCGCAGCCUUUGGUUGAACAACUAGAGGAAAAUGAAGAGAGACAUGAAGAAGAGCUGACUGUCCAGCCACAGGAGGAGGCAGAGGGACCUACGAGGGGGGGGGGGAAGAGGGGAGCAGAGGAGGAGACAAGCGGUAAUGCCACUGUGGCCAAGAGGGUUUGCUUUGAGCAAACAUGCAUACCAAGCUCUGAUGCUGCAGACUUUGUCUCCGAACCAGCAACCAUUGAGACAGACGACAUAAUUGACGUGGAGACCGUUUCGCUGACAAAUGUAGGAGACUGUUCACUAAAAGAAGAAAAUACAGAAAAAACAGUGUGGAGUGAAAUCAAACUCAGAGAAACUGAGGAAACUUUGAUGGAUGAAGAGAUGGAGAGCAGCGGUGAUGAGAUAAUCGAUGUGGAUGGAGAUGUGGAAGUCGACUGUAAAGAGGCAGUCUGUGCACAAACUCUGUCACAUUUUAGUGAAGGGAACUCUUCCGUUUCUCCUCCUUCACAUUCAGCUAAAGAGGUCUUUCUGGGGUCUCCAGGAAGCAGGGAAGAGGACAUCGAUGUGAUUGAAGAUUGUGGUCCCAUCCCUGAUCCGGUGACCAUCAGCUGGACAGAGUGUUCAGAAGGUGAGGAAGGGGAAGAAGACGAGGAUGUUGAUGUUGGAGAAAUUACUGACUGCGCUUCGUCAGCGUUCUUCACUACCAUGACUAAAGGUGAGCUUGUUAACUUAAAAUAUCAGACUGAGAUGCUCCUACAUUAACAUCUGCGACGUCCCAUCUAGUGCCAAGAGACAGAGUCGUCAUUUUAUUUUCUCCCCGUCUUCUUCAGUUUGUGUUAUUUCCUACAUUUCCCAGAAAACAUUGUGAAUACAGUUCAUUUAGCUGUGGGUUAGAAUUAGAAGUUAGAAAUGUGGUUUCAUCUUGAAUGCUGUGUGUUGCCGCAAACAUUUUUGUAUUCCUAUUCCACCAAUGUUUAGGAAAGUAAGAGCUGUGAGCAACAUGUUAGAUAGACAGAAAAGAAAAGAUGUGCGUUAUAAUGCAUAAAGACACGUAGGCGAGUUUAUUUAGCAACAGAACAACAGGACUGUGUAGUUUAACUACAGCUAUUCAGUUUCAGCUCUAGAGUACGGUAGACAGACAAUUGACAAACUGUCAAAGGUGACUGGGAUUGUUCAACUUUGUAGAUAUUUACUUGUUGAUUUUAUGUAAAUGUUGUUACUACUAAGUUUAGUAAUUUGUGAUUGUUAAGCAGAUAAGUUCAGCAAAGUUUGUUUUAACUGUCAAGUGUUGAAAACACCACUAACCGAACAGUUCAUUAAGAGAUUCACCUCAAAACAAAUCAGGUUUAUGUACUGUCAAAGGAAUCAGGAGUGUUUUAUUUGUUGUAACUAUGACUAUGACUGAAUUAGUUGUAAAAAUGAUGGAUAAUGUCAAUCUCUGUUCAGCCACAGUUUGUAAAUGUUCCAGGAAAACUCUUCCUUGUUUUACUGUCAAGUUAUGUUUGACAGUGUUCCUCGUGGCACUUUUUGAGUCAAGGACUCUGGAUUUCUACAAUAAAAUCUCCUCUCUA